AUGAGCCAGCCGCGGGAGCCCGGGCGCCUUUGCGCGCAUUACGCCGGCUCGCCGAGGGGCAGCCAGCCAGCCAGCGUUGCGUCCGCGGGCGAUAAGGCCCGGCAGUGGACGAUUAGUGUGCCAACGGGCCCGACACUUCCCACGAUCUCACAGUCCAAACUCUCCCAGGAGCAGCUGGCCGAACUGCAGAAGUCGACGCACUUUGACAAGAAGGAGCUGCAACAAUGGUACAAGGGCUUCCUCAAGGACUGCCCCUCGGGCAUGCUCACCAAGGAGGAGUUCCAGAAGAUCUACCGCCAGUUCUUCCCCUUCGGCGACCCGUCGUCGUUUGCAGACUACGUCUUCAACGUCUUUGACAGCGACAAGUCCGGCUCCAUCGACUUCAAGGAGUUCAUUUGCGCCCUGAGCGUUACGAGCCGCGGCAAGAUGGAGGACAAGUUAGACUGGGCUUUCCAGCUCUACGAUAUCGACGGCGACGGCAAGAUCAGCUACGAAGAGAUGCUCAAGAUUGUCGAGGCGAUCUACAAGAUGGUGGGGUCCAUGGUUAAGCUCCCCGAGGACGAAGAUACCCCCGAGAAGCGCGUCAAGAAGAUUUUCCGCAUGAUGGACAAGGACGAGAACGGCAGUCUAGACAUGGAGGAAUUCAAGGAGGGAAGUAAACGCGACGAAACCAUCGUUUCCGCCUUGUCGCUGUACGACGGCCUGGUAUGA